ACUAACGAUUAAGUUUUGAGUAUUGAAAUAAAGAUAUGGAUAAUUAUACCACUUUUGCAUAAACUUCGACAGUGGAUUAAGCGCUAAACUGAUGAAAAGCCAAAAGGAUGGCCUCUACAAAUGACAAAGGGGUGUUUAAAACCCCUAAUAGAGUUCGGGUGAGGAGUUCUGGGAGCAGCGAAGGUCGGUCCCCUGUCGUCAUCCCUGCUUCACCAUUCAUGAAGAAGCUUGGUUGUGGGACCGGAGUCAAUGUUUAUCUUAUGAACAGAGAGGGAAAGCUAAACUCUUCUCCUUGGGCUGUAAAGAAGAUCAACAGCAAAUGCGCGUCCAAACAGGUGUCCGUCUACCAGAUGCGUCUGAAUGAGGAAGCAGAGAUCCUAAAGGGAAUAGAUCACCCAAACAUUGUUGGUUUCCGUGCCUUUGCCACAGCAAAAGACGGCUCAAAGUGUCUGGCUAUGGAAUACGGAGGAGAGCAGUCCCUCAACGAUCUGAUAGAGAGCCGGAGGGAGAACGGACUAAAAGCUUUUCCUGCCGCCAACAUUGAAAAGGUGGCUCUGCAUGUGGCACGUGGGCUGAAGUACCUUCACAAUGAGAAGAAGCUUCUGCACGGGGACAUGAAGUCAUGUAACGUGGUUAUCAAAGGUGAUUUUGAUACGGUCAAGAUCUGCGACGUCGGCGUCUCUCUGCACCUCGACGAGAACAUGCGAGUGUCCGACCCAAAAGCAAAGUACAUCGGCACGGAGCCAUGGACGCCGAAGGAAGCUCUGGAGGAGGGAGGAGAGAUCACGGAUAAGACCGACAUCUUCGCCUUCGGUCUGACUCUGUGGGAGAUGAUGACGCUGGAGAUGCCUCACCUGCCGAUACUCAAUGAUGAUGAUGAUGAUGAUGGAGAAGAGGAUACUGAGGACGACUCGAUGGACAACUUUGACGAGGACGCCUACUACGAGCGUUUGGGGACGAGGCCACCACUGGAUACCGCGUCUCUGGGCGGCCCGUACCGCAGGAUGGUGGAGCUGUUCUGCGUUUGCACAGAGGAAGACCCCAAGAAGAGGCCGUCAGCGGCCCAGAUCGUCCAGGCCUUGGAGGAAGACACUGUGCUGGAGCAAGCACCGUGGGACGUCAUCGUUAUUGACUGACGGAUAUCAUCCUUUUUUAAAUGUUUGUGGGGGGUUUUGUCUGUCUUGUUCUGUCACAGUAAAAUUGGUUAAAAUGCUU